GUGCCUAUAUGAUGCGCUUUUGCCCUUGAAAAACGAGUCCAAUUUGUAAGAGUUUACGACAUAAUUAUGUAUUGUAUAUACCUUUUCUAUGGCAAUCAGCAUGGGGGUUUUCCCCUCAUCAUCAACAUUGACAAAGUUGAUGUCACCUCCGUGGACUUUGGCGCACAGAAUGGCGGCCAGGUCAUCUGUACAUACACCCUGGUACAGAUACUGCAGUGGAGGGAGGAGACGAACAAAGAUUGAAGUAUGGAAACAAGACGGCACUCAAUGCAGAGCAUGAUCCCAAGAUUGAUGGACGCCCACUUUGGGUUCAAGUUGCAGCAGUCUGCACACCUCUCGUUUCCUGGUAUGUCCAGGAAGUCUAGACCCAGAGAAUAGCUGGAGGAGCGAGCGAUGGGGAAUAGAAAAAAGGAAGAAUGAUAAUUGAGAAGAGAAUGGAAAGAGAAGGUGAUACAGAAACUCAGUAGCAAUACACCU